UGCGCGCUACCUUCUGUCUGGCUCAGGAAGUUCAGCAGUUUCAACCUUGGCAUACCAAACUCACCAUUGUUCUCUAUCCACCCUAACACGACUUGCUUCACGGAAGGAGAACAUUUUCGAGGAGCAAUGUUUCAGUCAGUAUACUACGGAAAAAUUAGCAAGGAGGAAACCGAGAGACUACUGGAAAAGUACGGUAAGGAAGGGAGCUUUCUCGCAAGGGACAGCGAGAGUGUACCUGGAGCCAUAUGUCUGUGCGUGCGGAGGGCUUCCUUUGUCCGUACUUAUCGGAUUUGUCGGUCUCCUGAAGGCUGGGCCAUUAAGACGUCUCCCCAUGUGAAGCUGCAGAGUUUUGAAACACUGGACAAACUUAUUGAUUGCUAUAGAGGAGUCGCCCCAGACAACAUGGCACCCCUGCUGCAUCCUCUGGAAAGAACAGCACUGGGUGAGGACAAUCCAGAUAAAGACCCAGUGUAUAUGGAGAUGUGACAGACGAUAGUCAGUCGAUGACCUGCUUUCAGCCAGCCGGCAUCUCUAGGAGAGACCUCUGCUUGCCCUCGGCCCCGCUGCGUGAAGACUGCAGCAUUGACUGUGUGUGUGUGGGUGCAUGUGUGCAUGCAUGCCUGGGUACAUGUGUGUACUCUGUACAGAACUUGUGUGUAU